AUGAACAACAAUAGUACCAACCCACCUAAUUAUUCCGAUUUUGGAAAAAAGACGAUGACUCGCCGCUCUCUCUUUGAUUUGGGCGAAAUAGUUUCAAGGUAUAUUCGAGACAAAGAUCAGCUGUUGCAGGCUUUAGAGGUUUACUUUGACAAAAUGAGCUCAGACCACGAAAAGCAAAUACAAUACCUUCAAAUCCAAAAUCAAGUCCUAAAGGAUUUAAUCAUAGAGCUAAAGAUCCGCCAGGAUUCCACAAUAUCUUCUGUCUCUAAACCUUCAGUUGAUGAAGAGGAGCUAGCUGUGUUGGAGUUGUCAAAGUUAAAUCAAUCAAGUCAACAAUCAAGGAACAUGGCUUCUCAAAUUGUCUACGACCAACAAAUUAUGGCUUCCAACAGACCAAGAAGAACACGAAAAAACCAUAAUUCAAAUACAUCAAAGCAAACUACAGACACCGAUACAGAUGACGAUUUUAGUGAGGAACAAUGCUUAUUCGAACCUAAAGAUCCUUCAGCUGAACCAUAUCAUGACUCCUCUUCAAGCAAACAAACUUACCCAAUGGAAGAUGUUGAUGGAGAGAAAACUGAUGAGGCGACGGACAAUGAAAUGGAUGAAGGUUGUAGUGUAAAAUUACUAAAUUUACCGUCAACGAAUCAUAACACCCUUACUCGGCCUCUGCAAGACAAUAAUUCAAUCAUGAGGGAUCCAAAACCAGUCUCAACUAUCAACAAACCAGUUACAUCUGAGUUCACCUUCAUUAACCAUGAUGAAACACCCCCAAAAUCAAAAAGAGGAAGAAAAAGAAAGUUAAAACCUGAAGAGAGCCUGAGUAAGGAAAUGAUCUCCAUGACCUCAGAGAACACUUCUACAGCCAAUAGUUCUGCUGGUAGUGGUGUUAUGUUUUUCCAGAGUGAUUACAUACCCGUAGUUACAUCUUCGAGUGCUAAUCAAACACCAGCGACCAUUCAGAAAAUACCUAAGAAGCGAGGCCCAAAGCCUGGCAGCAAACGCGGAGCAAAAACGUCCUUCACUGUCUAUUCCAAUGAUUCUUUUAAAACUGUCUAUGACGCUAACCUUAGCAUGAAUGGAAAGCAACCCAAUAACUCAUUCUUCUCCGAUUCCAAGUCGUUGACAAAAACCACAACAAGCGUUCCCGAUUCAAACUCUACAAGCAACUCUUCUCCCCAAAGUAGUACAAGUCACAAGACCUCUGGUUUGACAGUCACAAACAUAUCUACUACAGCCUUAAUGGCACUCAGUGGCUCUUCAGAAGGCUCUUCCACUCCCCUCUCGACCUCCAAACCCUACUCAGUCACUUCUCGAUUCGUUUCCAAAUGUAUUUCCCCUCAAAGAUAUUCUCUAUCUCCCACCGAAGAAGCUGCAACAGCUAUGGUGGUGCAACAACCGCCCAGUGUUGAGAAUCAGGCAUUCACUGCCCAACGCAUACGGUUAGCUUCUUCUGCGAGCGAGUUAUUGUCUUCUCCACGCAUGAACGUGCAGUGA